AUGGACGAUGAACAUGAUUUGACAUUCGAUAAAGCCGUAGCGGGACCUUCAUUGAGGUUAGAGUGUGUACCGAGUAACUUGAAUGCGAGACGUUCAGAUCACUGUCAAGCAGCACCAUGGGUGGUUGACCACCUUAUUAAGGGGAAAUUUACAACUUCUGAGGACAGGGACUCUGUUCUGAAUGGGGGCUAUACCUUUUUCAACAAAAGGCCAAUGAUUAUGAAGGCUUGGCAUCCUGACCUGAAUUUCAGAAAGGAGGAUAUACGCAAAGUCCCUAUAUGGAUUCAGCUUGAAAAUCUUGAUUUGAAGUAUUGGGGACAAAACACUCUAUUCAAAUUGGUAGGAGAGAUUGGUGAACCAAUUUUGGUAGAUGAAGUAACCAAGCAUAGGCAGAAGCUAACCUUCCCAAGAGUGUUAGUUGAAGUGUCUAUGACCCAAGAACUUGUGGAAAAGAUCGAAUUUGAAGAUGAGCAUGACUUUAUUGCUUCUGUGGGAGUUAAAUACGAGUGGAAACCAAUUUUGUGCACACACUGUAAAGGAUUGGGACACACUGCUGAAGCUUGUAGGAAAAAAUUUGGGGUGCAAACACAGCAACAAUGGGUGAUGAAAACGAAAAAAGUAGAGGAGAAAAAGCAAUUGGCAGCAGACUCUGAUGGUUUCAAACCAGUAACUAAUGGAUGGAAACCAAAAGAAACUGAACAACAAGAGCAAACUAAUUGA